GCACUUGCCUCCUCUUUUCCGCUUCCGGUGUUCCCCUGCAGCCAUGGCCGCCGCCGCCGCCGCUGGCGGUCCCGGGGCGCCCCUGUCCCCGGACGAAUUGCUUCCGAAAGGCGAUUCCGAGAAGACUGAGGAGGAGUUGGAGGAGGAAGACGACGAGGAGCUAGAUGAGACCCUAUCGGAGAGACUGUGGGGUCUGACGGAGAUGUUCCCAGAGAGGGUCCGGUCCGCGGCUGGAGCCACUUUUGAUCUCUCCCUUUUUGUGGCUCAGAAAAUGUACAGGUUUUCCAGGGCAGCCUUGUGGAUUGGGACCACUUCCUUCAUGAUCCUGGUUCUUCCUGUUGUUUUUGAGACGGAGAAGUUGCAAAUGGAGCAACAGCAACAACUGCAGCAGCGGCAGAUACUUCUAGGGCCUAACACAGGGCUCUCAGGAGGAAUGCCAGGAGCUCUACCUUCACUUCCUGGAAAGAUCUAGAUUGCUACUGCUAGACUUGUCUAGAUGGGACAAGUUUGAAAAUUCAAUAGUGUUUGAACUGCUGAUUAUUUGGAUUUUUUUUUUUUUUUUUUAAACUUUGGCACAUUGAUCUAUCUAAACCUGGUGGGGAGAAUUCUCCCCAGUGUCUCACAGAGACUCCCAACUUGCAACUGUGCCCUCCACGUUGUCCCAUUUCUUCUGUUCUCACUCUGAUACCAGAACGCAGCAGUGCAGACGGUUACUCCAGCUCUGGCCAUCCCACCCCUUUCACUAAAUCCCUCAUGACCAGAAGAUCUCACUGUCCCAUUGUGGCAUAGGAACUGACGCCACUGGGAAGGAUAUCCCCAUGACCAUUUUUGUUUUUAAGCAUGGAGAUGUUGGGAAGGGACAUGCACACGAUAUGAAAUACAUUAUGCGUUACAGCCAUA